CUUUCCCCUGCCCAUACAAUUUUAUUCUGUCACUACUUCUCUCUCUCCUCCAUUUUUCAACUGCAAUUUCUAUCUGCAAAAAAUAAUAAUUUCUCUCUUUAUACAACACUCACAUGCCCUUGAUUAUCAUAUAUAUAUAUAAACAUUUUGAUCUGAGAGUCAACAUUUGCUAGGGUUUAUUCAAAAUCCUUCAUAAACUCACAAUUCGUCGAAUUCCCACAAAAAAAAAAAAAAACAAUUCUUUUUUUUAAUUUUGUUUAUCUGUGGCUAAUUUUUCCUCGUUUGAUUCAUUUCUACGAGUAUCAAUUAGCCCAUUCAACCCCUAAUUUCUAUAAUCCCCAUAUACAUAUAUAGAAAAAAGGAGUUUUUAUUUUUUUAUUUUUAUUUUAUAUUUAAGGGUUUUUCAUUUGAUAUAAAGAGAUAUGAUGGGGAGUGGAUUACAGUUUAAUGGUAGUUUUAACGGUGAAGAUCGGUUUUAUAGUGCUGCUAAAGCUCACCGUAAUGUUAAUCGGAGUUUUAACGGUGCUGACGUGGCAGUUAAGAGUGACGUGGCUGUUAAGCCCAAAAUGAAGGCCGAUGACUCGCCGGUGGCCGGAAAGUUAUCGCCGGCGACGGCGGAGGAGGGUGUUUUGGGGAUAUGUAAUUUAGAGCGGUUUUUGAAAUCUGUUACUCCUUCUGUACCUGCUCAAUAUCCAUCUAAGACAACUAUGAGGGAUUGGAAGACGUGUGAUGUGGAGUUUCAGCCUUACUAUGUGCUUGGCGACUUAUGGGAGUCGUUUAAAGAAUGGAGUGCAUAUGGAGCUGGAGUUCCGUUGGUGUUGACUGAAGGUGAUAGUGUAGUUCAGUACUAUGUGCCCUAUUUGUCUGGUAUUCAGUUGUAUGGUGACUCUACAAAGGCUUCAGUCAAAACAAGGCGACCAGGUGAGGAAAGUGAUAGUGACUAUUUUCGGGAUUCUAGUAGUGAUGGAAGCAGUGACUCUGAACACGAGAGACGUUGCUUGAAUUAUACAAGGGAGCAACGGUUGUAUCAUAGCCAAACAAGUGAAAGCUCUCUUAGUGUAGACGGUUUGUCAUUAAGAGACAGAAAUGCUACCUUCCAAGAAGGAUUUUCAAGCGAUGAGAGUGAAUCUGGGUCUUCUCAAGGUGCCUUGUUGUUUGAGUAUCUUGCGCACGAUCAACCUUAUGGCCGUGAACCUUUGGCAGAUAAGAUAUCUGAUCUUGCUCAACGCUUCCCGGAAUUAAAAACGAUGAGAAGUUGUGAUCUCCUUCCUUCCAGUUGGAUUUCUGUAGCCUGGUAUCCAAUUUACCGGAUACCUACGGGACCUACUUUAAAAGCUUUGGACGCCUGUUUUCUGACCUUUCAUUUUCUUCAUACACCCACAACAGGAAGUCCAAGUGCUCAUGCUGCGGUUGUAACAUGUCCGAGUGAUUCGGAUGGGGCCCCUAAGGUCCCAUUACCUACUUUUGGCCUUGCUUCGUACAAGUUUAAAGCCUCACUUUGGACUCCAAAUGGCGGACCUGGAAGACAGUUGAUGAGCUUCCUCUUACAGGCUGCUGAUAACUGGCUAACACAGCUUCAGGUCAAUCACCCAGACUUCAGUUUCUUCUGCCAAAGGUGAAACUAGAUAUUCUCCUCGGCCAGUGGUGAGAGAACCACUCUGUGCUUGAUGCAGCUGUUGUUUUUGUGAGGAAGAGAUGGGUUAAGGAUUCACUCUAUAA